AUGAAGAAGACAAAAUCAACAACGAGUACAUGGACGCCGAUGACGCCUGCAAUGAAAUUUACUGGAUUUGAUGGGACACUGGAGAGACUUACCACAACGUCUAUGUCAACGACAAAGAUACCAUCGACAACAAAGACGCCGACGACAACAAUAGCAUCAAGGAAGAGGAUGGUAUCUGAGACAAUCAUGUCAACGACUACUAAAUUGGCAACGACAACAUCCAGAGUAUUACCUGCAAUAACAACAACGACAACAUGGACCACAAUUCCUGAAUCAAAAACAAUGAUACCAGUGAUACCAACAACACCAACAGCAACAGUAGAUCAAUCAGAGAUGAUAGAGGCGUCGAAGAUAACGACACUAUCAACAACUCUAUUGACACCGGCGAAGUUUACGGCAAUACCUGAGUCAACAAUGCCAAUGUGGACCAAAAUGCCUACGUCAACGGCAAUGACAGCAUGGACCUCAACAUCUACAUCAACAAUAAUGACGGCGCCGACGGCAACAGUGUCAGAUACGAUAAAGUCAAACAUGAUAACAUCAACAACGGCGGCUCCAUUAACGUCGACAAAGUUGACGGCAAUACCUGAGUCAACAGUAACAACGUGGACCACAAUACCUAAGUCAACAACAAUGACAGCAUGGACCUCAACAUCUAUAUCAACGAUAAUGACGACAUCAACAGCAACAGUAUCAGAGAUGAUGGCGUCAAAGACAACGAUAACAUCAACAACGACAACUGCAUUGACGAUGAUGUCAACAACAAUGCCCGAAUCAACAAUGACAACAUGGACCACAACACCUAUGUCAACGAUGGCGUUGGCCACCACAUCUGCAACAUCAACAGUGGACGCUGAGACGCUAAUUACAUUACAUAAAAAAGAAUUAGAUACUCUCGUAAAAAGAGCUGUCAGAUCUGCUCUAAGAGAUGAAAGAUAUGGAAGAGGAACGUGGAGAGGAAGGGGAAGAGGAAGGGGAAGAGGAAGGGGAUGGGGAAGAGCAUGGGGGUAG